AGACGACAACUCAUGCUUGAAACAAAAAGAAAGAUUAAGUGAGCACAUUUUACACACAAAUAUUUCAUUUUUAACUGUAGUAAUUAAGCUAACUUUUAAAUUGCAUUAUAUUCCGCGCUUAUUUCGCAUAUAUAAAUGUCGCGCGCAUGCGCAUUGUGAACUCUUUUACCAACAUGGCCGCGUUCUUUGCCUUGCUGGGUCGGGGCUCUCCCAGGGCAAUUUAUCGACUAAAAUUGCUCAACGAAUGCCACGAGGUCUUCAAGGUUCAGCUUGUUCGACGUUCCCUCUCCAUUGCAGGCUCCAAGAGCACCCGACGACUAGCGAUCAAGAAUGCUUCUCAGUGCUGUCCAGAAACAAGUUGCUGGAGGGACGGCCUUGUGCGGCACAUUUCAACCACAUCUGCAUUACGCGACGAGUUGCGGGUCAUCAAGUGUCCACAGCUGGCCGAAUCGCUAAGCGAGGGUGACAUCAGGUGGAUCAAAGGCGUUGGCGACACGGUUAAAGAAGACGAGGUGAUAUGCGAGGUAGAAACCGACAAGACGUCCAUACCAAUCCACGCUCCCGCUGCUGGCAAAAUCGUGGAACUUUUGGUUGAAGAUGGAGCCACCAUCCAGCCCGGAAAAGACAUCCUCAAGAUGUCCGUGGGAGGCGGAGGAACUUCGGCGUCUGCUCCCGAGCCUGCAAGUGCACCCCCUACCCCAGCCCCUGCCUCCGCCGCCCCUGCCUCUGCCGCCCCUGCCUCUGCCGCCCCAGCGACGUCGGGAAGUGGCGAGGUGCGUGUCAUCAAGUGCCCCCAACUGGCAGAGUCGCUGAGUGAAGGUGACAUCCGGUGGAUCAAAGCCGUUGGUGACUCUGUCACGGAAGACGAGGUGGUCUGCGAAGUUGAAACAGACAAGACAUCAAUCCCUGUUCACGCCCCGGCAAGCGGAGUCAUCCUCGAGCUUCUGGUGGAGGAUGGUACGACCAUACAGCCCGGCAAGGACAUCAUGAGGCUCCAGAUUGGAGGAGGUGGCGCCCCGGCUGCCAGCAGACCCGCCGCACCCGCUGCACCCUCUGCCGCACCCUCCCCGGCAGCGCCGGCAACAGGGUCUCCCGUCUCGGGACCCAUCCCGACGACGCCCCCUCCAGCCCCCGCCAAGCCCUCUGGCCCCAUGUCUUCCACCCCGGUCUCCCAGAUCCAGAUGCCAGGACCGGUCACGGCCUCUGCGGGAGCAGACGCCGGAGACUCCGUGCCUGUCGGAGCUCGGACGGAACAGCGGGUGAAGAUGAACCGAAUGCGACAGAGGAUCGCCCAGCGCCUUAAGGAUGCCCAGAACACUUAUGCAAUGCUUACGACGUUCAACGAAGUGGACAUGACGAGCGUCAUUCAGAUGCGGAACAAGUACAAAGACACCUUCCUCAAGAAGCACGGCGUCAAGCUGGGCUUUAUGUCUCCCUUCGUCAAGGCAGUGGCCUUUGCCCUCCAGGACCAACCUGUGGUGAAUGCCGUGAUCGACGAGCAGGAGAUCAUCUACAGGGACUACAUCGACAUCAGUGUCGCGGUAUCCACGCCAAAGGGUCUGGUCGUUCCGGUGAUCCGCAACUGCGAGGGCAUGAACUACGCGGACAUUGAGAAGGCGAUCAACGUCCUGGGCGAGAAGGCCCGCACGGGCAGCCUGGCCAUUGAGGACAUGGACGGCGGCACCUUCACCAUCAGCAACGGCGGCGUCUUUGGCUCCAUGUUUGGCACGCCCAUCAUCAACCCGCCCCAGUCUGCCAUCCUCGGCAUGCAUGCCGUCUUCGAGCGUCCCGUCAACGUCGCCGGGAAGGUGGAGAUCCGGCCCAUGAUGUACAUCUGCCUGACGUACGACCACCGGCUCAUCGACGGCAGGGAAGCGGUGACGUUCCUCAAGAAGGUCAAGGCGGCCGUCGAGGACCCCGUGGUCCUCAUGCUGGACGUCUAGCGCCCCGUCAUCACGCCGUCGCACACUCUACCCAACACUUAGGACCGGCUAGACCCCUCGAGAGGACAAGCUUGACUGACCAAUGCAGCAACAGAAGCAGCAGCAGUGCGUCCGGAGGAGGCUCGUGGAAGCCACCAUUUUGUCCCCCGUUUGGCAAAGGAUUUUUGACUGUAGUCAUAGAACUUUCAAAUAUGAAGCACUGUUGCCUAGCGUUUGUACAGACAUUUCUUGUUUUUCCUUUUUCUUUUUUUUUUUCUUUUCUUUUUUUGCUAUAUUUAAUAUAGGAUGCACUGUCAGGAUUGAAAAGGGAAAAAAGAUGUGCAUUUUUAGAGUGUUGCCGGCUGCUUUCGUGCAGUGGUUCUGCCCUCGGUAGCAUAUGGCGGUAACUUAACCUCAUUUACCUUUUUGAUCUGUUCUUACGUCAUCCAAGAGUUUAUUAAACAGUUGUAAUAACUUCAGCAUCUUCCACUGAAUAGUGUUGUGGGAUUUGAUUGAUAUAGUCAGGUUACAUGUGUCACGAGUUUCUAUGCUUUUGCUGAAUGGUGCAAAUAAAAAAAAUUCAUGUUUGCACAAAAAAAAAAAUAAAGAUGGUGGUGCACUUUUGGUGGCGACGGUGGAACCUUGUAGUUGUGCCUUUUAUGUGCAAAUAACUUGCGUAAUGCGGCUGAAUUUUGUCUUAUUUUGAAACUUGUGAGCUCGACGUCUUGCGUACUGUUGCUGCUCAGGACGACAAACCUUUACGCUGGCGGGUUUAAAAAUAGAAAUAAAAGAUCAAACAAGCCCGUAAA